AUGUUUCAGUUUAGACUGCAUGAACUUAUGCACGAGAGUGUAGGAGAGAACGAAGAUGCACUAAUGAAACUUUUAAAGGAUGAAUACAUCAAGCACAUUCUAGCUCGAGAUUCGCUUUGUUUGCCUGCAGAUCCUGCAAGCUGUGAUGAAAAAAUUGUGCAGCCUUGUGCGAGCGAGGAGCUUCUUGAUUCAGGUGGAUGCCGAGUGGCUAGUUUGGAGCACGCUCGGCUGCUAGAUGAACGUCGAAAAAACGCGCUUGUGCGUAAACUUGCUCAGUCGGAUGCCAACAAGUACGCAUCUGCAGUGAUCAAACCUAAAGAUAAAUCGAUGUCAUCUACGUCGCAUGAUGUUGACAGCAGUGACUGUUCGACAAAUUUCGGACAGCUAUAUUACAAAUCCGGUGUUGCCAGUCAUCCUCCUCUCACAAGUAUACGGAUGAAGCCAUACAUUAUUGCUCACUGUGUCGACAAUAGCGGUGUUUGGUGCUCGCGCGGCUUCUUUCGUAGUUUGUCUGCUCUCUCACCUUCUAUCCAAAAUCAGUACGAAGCGGCAUGA